AUGGCGCGUCGGCCAGAGUCGUUGUCUCGCUGUCGCCGUGUUCUGCUCGUCACUACCUCCAUCGUCGCCGCCUUUUUCACUGCAGGCGUCACGUUCGGAUAUUCCGGCCUCCUCCCUGCGCUGACGGGUCCAGUCGGCGCCUUUAGCGACGCGUGUCCGGCAGGCGAGCCUGUGCCGUGCGCGCGUCAGAUGAGCUUGCUCAACGCCGCCUACACCCUCAGCAUGUUCACCAACAGCGCGAGCGCCAUUGUGGUGGGCCUCGUGCUUGAUCGCACAGGACCCCGCCGCACCACACUCAUUGGCACUGUCAUCUUCGCUCUCGGCCUCCUCGCCCUCGCCGGCGCCGGCGCGUUCGCGCCCGGGGCCCACAAUGACGCCGCGCCUGACGCCGCAACGCCGCCCAGCGUCACUAAUAGUACUGAUAGUAACAGUACCGCGAGUGCCACUGUGGUAGUGCCAGCCGUGGCAGAACCCGCGAACACGAGCGUUGCUGCCGCGGCGGUCAGUACGCAGCCCCCACGGGGGUUGAUGCGCAUCGACGGAGCGUGGCGGAACGGGGAACUGCCCCUACCAGAGGGUUCGUGGGCGCAGCUGACCGGGGGAAAGCGGGGGACGCAUGGGGCGAGAGAAGGUGCUCGCAUGGUGAAGGUGAUGGGCAAAGGGGGGGCAGCACGGGAGGAGAGGGCAGGGUGGGUUGAAGGACAUGCUUGCUGGCGCAGGAGUGGAGGUUGUCCGGGGGAGCAAGUGAUGCGCGGUGACCAAGGCGUGCAGCGGCGCAAGCUGGAGGCGGAGGGGCAGGGGGAAGCAGGGGGGACGGCGGAGGGGAGCAGCGGGGGGAAGGAAGCGGCGUCGGGGGUGUUCUUCUUUGCCGCAUUCUUCCUGCUCUCCCUCGGCGGCCCAUUCAUCUUCACCUCCUCCCAUCUUCCUUGUCCUCAUCCUCCACCAGCUCCUCCUUUCCUCCUUCCCCUCUCCUCCCCACGCCCCCUUCUCCAGAUCAACUUCUGUGUGCUCGUGCCGCGCCUCUCGUCCGCCAUCAUCAGUGCACAGUCGGGCGCAUUCGAGGCAUCAUCGCUCAUCCUCUUCCUGCUGGGCCUCGCCGUCACGCGCCUGCACCUGCCCCUCUCCGCCCUCGCCCUCGCCUACUGCCUCGUUCCCCUCGCCCUUGCUGCUCUCGCUGCUGCUGCCUUCCCCAACUCCCCCUUUGGCGCGGCAAAGGCUGCUGCAAGUGCCGGGAGGGGGGAUACGCGCGCGGAUGGGGGUUUGGAGGACGCUGCUGCAGCGAGAGUGCGUGUCAGGGGGGAUGGGGGAAGAGACGGAGCGGAGGUAGGGGCGGGCGGGAAAGAAGAAGAGUCGGAGGGGGAAGGGGAGGGACAAUUGGUAUUGGUGGAGCGUCCUGUGGGGGGGGAGGGAGGGGGGAUAGGAGUGGCAGGUGACUUUAUAGCUGAAGACGAGGGGAUAGAGGAGUGCUUGAGUAGUAGUAGCAGCAGCAGCAGUGAUAGCGGAGGGGAGAUAGGCAGUGGGGGGAGGGAGAGGAAGGAUAGCGUGAUAGCAAUGGUGUACAGUAGUGGGUCGAGUGACGAUGACGUGGAGAACGGCGGGAAGGAUGGGGGGGAGGGAGAAAUGGGAGGAGAGGGGGGAAGGGGAGAGGAGGAGGGGAGUCAGUCGCCACUGUACUGGGUGGACGUGGCAGUGUCGGCAUACCUUGUGCUGCGCUCCAACUUCUUCAUCGCUGCCGUCAACACGCACAUCCGCUACACCGUGACGACUCUCCUCAGCAUCCCGCCCUCCACCGCCACCACCGACCUCCCAUCCGAUGCGGCCGCACAAAUCACGCGCUACAUAGACAUAUUCAACAUAGUGCUGGCAGCGGGGGGGGUGGUGGCCGUGCCGCUGGCGGGGUGGAGCAUGGAGCGCCCAGGGCUGCCCUUCUCCUUUGUCCUCACCACGCUGCUCUGCGCGCUCUGCUCUGCUGUUCAGAUGAUGGCCGCUUGGGUCCCGCUUCCCAUGCAGCUGGUGGCGUUCCUUGCCUUCGCCAUCGCCAGGGCAUUCAUCUACAGCACAAUGGCGGCAUAUGUCGGCACUCUCUUUGGCUUCCGCAACUUUGGCCGGCUGUAUGGGAUCAACCGGCUAGGAGGCGCAUUCCUUACAUUGUUACAGUACCCUCUAAUGAGUGCUUGUGAGUCAUCCAUGGGAGCUCAGUUCGUACUGGUGAACGGUCUCUUCCUCGCUAUAGAGUUGAUACUAACAGCCACGUUUCCAUAUUACCUCUCAGUAGCUAUGUACGGUUAUUUCUGGAGACCACUGCCAAGAACAAGCAUCAUCUACGGGUAUUCCGGCAUCCUGCCGGUGCUGGUGGCGGACGUGGGCGCGUUCAGCGACGCGUGCGGGGCGGGGGAGUCUGUGCCGUGCGCCGCCCAGAUGAACCUGCUCAACGCCGCUUACACCCUCAGCAUGGUGACCAACAGCGCGUGUGUACUGCCAGUGGGGGCAUUCCUAGACGCCUACGGACCGCGCACCACAGCCAUCACGGGCUCUCUCGUCUUCUCCGCGGGCCUCCUCGCCCUCGCCCUCGGAUCCGCCUUCUCCCAGCCGCCCCCUCCCGCCCCUCCCCCUGCCCUGCCCGUGCCUUCCCCCUCCGCCUCCCUGCUCGCCAUGCCUCCCGCCUUCCCUGCCUAUGAGUCCCACCACACCCAGUCCCCCCUCCUGCUUCGCCCUCUCCCCCCGCCGUGGCCGCUGCACUAUUGCCCCCAUCGUUUCGAGCAGUCAGACAAUCUCUCCCAGCCAUUAACAGGGCGCCAUUUGGAGGGGGCCCCAGGGGACAGGGACAGUGCAUGGGAUGGGGGUGGCAUGGCCGCCCGGGGCGAGGGUGCUAGGAGGGGGGGAGAGGGGAUAAGAGGGAUGACAGAAGUGUUGGGAUGGGUGGCAGGGGGGUUAAGAGGGGCGAAGAAGGGCGUCGGAGUUGCCGGGGUGUGCUUCUUUGCAGCUUUCUUUCUGCUGGCGCUCGGAGGGCCCUUCAUCGUCACGCCCAUGAUCAACUUCUCUGAGGUCCUCCCAUCAUCAGCAGCAGCGGUCAUAGCAGCACAGAGCGGCGCCUUUGAUGCCUCUGCAGCCGUGCUCUUCCUCUUCGCCCUCGCCGUCUCGCGCCUUCACCUCGCCCUCUCCUCCGUCUGCCUCGCCUAUCUCGCCGUGCCGCUUGCUAUAGCUGUCGUCGCCGCCACCACGUUCCCCGAUGUGUGCGACGAGUCGGAGUCGCACGCCACUCCUCCAUCCACCUCCACCCCCCCCUCCUCCACGCCACCCCAUCCCGACUCGCUCUCAUUGCUCACCGCGCCUCUCCUGCAACCUGCAAGCGAGGAGCAUUCAAACAAGUCGCAGGGAAGCAAGGAGCAGUCAUCGCAGGGCCAGUCAGACGAGGAUGAGGGGGAGAGGGGGCAAGCGAGGCCCGCUGUGGGAAGGAGUGGGGGGGGACAUGACGACGCACGCGGGGAGGAGGAGGGAAUGAGGGGGGUGAGAGAGGGGGCGGCAGCAGGGCUGAUCGAAGUGAGGCGAGGGGACGAGGAGGGAGGGCGUAGUGGAGGGCGAAGUGAGGGAGCGCGGGGGCCGAGGCGCAGUGGGGAGUUGGAGCGGCUAUACCUGCUGCGCCUCAUGGGGGCUUCUGGGAGUGAUAAGGCUUCUGCUGGGGAUGCCGGUGGUGCGAGCAGUGUUGCUGCUGCUGACGAGCUGACCACGUCAGCAUGCCACGUGGCGCUGCCAGCUGUCACAGGGCGGGGCAGCAGCAUCCCGGUGUCUCCCAGUCUGCCCAUCGUGUGGCUCCACGGCCGGAGCACCCCGUGCCUGCCGCCCCCUCCCGCCAUCUACAAUGCCGACAUUGCCAUCCAGCUCAGGUCGCCGCUGUUCUGGGUGCACGUGGGGGUGGCGGCGUUCUAUGUGCUGCGCUCCAAUGUGUACAUCGCGGCUGUCAACGACCAGAUCACCUUCGCCGUGCACGCCAAGGCCAUCCACCCGCCAUCCACAGCAGCAGCAGUGCAGCACUACAUCGACGCCUUCAACUGCCUGCUCCCGCUGGGCGGCUGUCUCAGCGUGCCUCUGGCCGGCUGGAGCAUCGACUCCCUCGGCCUGCCGCCCGCCUUCGCCAUCACUGCCGCCCUGUCGCUCCUCUCCUCCCUGCUGCUGCUCCUCGCCCCCAUCCUUCCACUAGAUGCCAUGCUCCUGAGUUUCGCGGCAUACAGCGUGGCGAGGGCGUUCAUCUACAGCACCAUGGCGGCGCUCAUCGCUUCCCUCUUUGGCUUCCGCAACUUUGGCCGCCUCUACGGCCUCACACGGUUCAUUGGGGCAUUCGCCGCUCUGCUGCAGUACCCCCUUAUGAGGUACGGAGAGGAGGCCAUGAGGGGGGACUUCACGGGCAUGACAGCGGGGUUCAUGGCAUGUGAGCUCGCCCUGGCCACGCUCUUCCCCCUCUACCUCACCCACUGCCUCUUUGGCUUCUUCUGGCGCCCCAAGCCCUGA